AAUAGUUACUGUCAGCUGUUUCGUUCUCAAAAAAAAAGCGCGGCUUACCAACACUAACUUUUCAGUCGGUGCACAGAAUUUUAUUUCAUAAUUUGCGGAACGGCCUAAAUUAAAUAUCACGAAAUGGAGCUUUCUGAAGGAGUCAAGGAGCGUCUGGGUGUUGUUGUGGACGCCGUACAGACUGGAUUCCAUUGGGGUUUUGUUCCCCUUGUCCUGUAUUUGGGAUUUAUGAAGGGAGCCGAGCCCGGCAUGCCGCCGUUGAACGUUUUCAGCUUGUUGUGGCAAUAAAAAAUAACCAACCGAUCGAAACGUGACCACUUUCCCGUCGCGUGCCCCGCAUUUUGGUUCUGAUUGGAUUUCUGGGCACAGUACCUGCAGUUAUUGGAAAUAAAUUUCUGUUACAAAAAAUCCCAAUCGUGCCAUGUAUUCUUAAAAAAACGAUCCAUAUAAAAACCAUUCUUAUCGUAAAA